AUGCCCGUCACCGAAAGUGACAUCGCUCGCCUCCAACAACAGAUCGCCGAGCUAAGUGCCGUCGUCUCUAUGAAACAGGACAUGGCCGUUACGAACGACCAAAGCGGCAAUCCUGUUGGUGUGAAAGAUUGCCUACUGCUCCUGGAGAACAAGAUGAAGGGUAUGGAGGAUAGAGUGAAGAUCAGCGUGGCCGAUCUGCACACUCUAAUUAGUAAUAACGAGGAGCGCUUGGAUACCAUCACUGAUAAGCUCAACGACUGUGUCACUAACUUGGACAGGAAAAUUGACGCGCAGUCCAACAUGAUGCAGAGUAUGUACAAGCUCCUCGACAACAUGGCUAAUCAGUCGAACAAACAGCAAGCACCCAACCAGGAGGCGAGACCAACAACCAAGAACCCAAGAUCGCCACCGAGAAUCAUGACCACCAACUCCCAUGCUCGCAUCGAGAGAAGUGAGCCCAGCUUUGACUACAAGUCCAACUCAAGGGUCGUCAUCUUUGGCGUCGCCGAGCCGGAUGAUUCAUCGAACACUCUCAACGGAGCUGAUACUGGUAGCAGGCCCACGGUCCGAACUCAGGUGGAAGAUGCACUGAAAGCUGCUGGAGUGAUCUACGAGGCACCCCACAUACGUACCACCAAAAGACUUGGUACAUAUAACCCAGACAGGAGUGAAACUACAAGGCCGAGGCCUAUAUGUGUACAAUUCUCCUCACCCGACGUCGCUAGCACCUUCUUGCGCGAGAACGGCGGCAAACUGCGAUGUCACGGAAUUAAUAUGAAAUGGUGGAGGCCGGGUAAGCCGAGAGCAAGUAAGGAAACUUGCGAAGGAAAGAAUGAUCCUAUUUUUCUGGGCGGCCUUCGGCCGCCUCCUUCGAAGCAAGCUGUUUUACUACAAACUGCCCUACAAAUUUUGUUCGAUUGUAUUAAAGGGAAGAGAGAAACGUUACUAGGGCGUGGAUCAACCUUCCGGGUUGGUACUCUCAACGUCCAAUCAGCGAGGUCACGGUUCCGGCUCGAUAAUCUCACUAGAAUGAUUGAGGGAGAUUGCUGUGAUAUACUGAUACUCUGCGAAACUCACUGUAUGCUCGUUACCAAUAUAGCGAGCAAAACAAUAUUAAAUGCAGACAAUGAUGGUGUCAAGGCGGUGAUCUCUCUCAGGGCAAAGAGAAAUCAGAUUUGCCACAAAGUUAUUGGACAGAGGAUUAUGGUUAUGAGAUUCUACUCGAGACUCAUUCGCGUCACUAUCAUUGGUGUAUACUGGCCAGCGCAGACCUCCUCUCGGUCAAAACAAGAACUCGAAGACUUUGCCGACUCACUGUCCAGUGUAAUUAGUGAGGUAUCACAGAGGGACUUACUGAUUGUCUUGGGAGACUUCAACGCCACCGGAUACAACUGGGGAUUGCUUUACAAUAUCACUGAGGGCCACAGCUUAUGCGUACCCCAACAAACUAAGUUCCACCAUCUUAAAGAAGUGGGAACGUGGACUCCACCCGGAGCGACACGGAGACAAGCCAACCCCAUUGACUUAGUCAUGGUGAGGAAGCACCAAGUGAAUAUGAUAGAGGAGAUGCAAAUCAUCACCCCGAAUUUCAUCGAGACUGAUCAUAUGAUGGACUCGUCAAAUAUCACAAAGAUGGAGGCAGCGUUGAGAAAUGGAUUGCGAUCACUUGAUGAGCGGGUAGACGACUGCGAUAUUGACCUACUAUGGAAUGACUUCAAGGAGAGUGUGCGACAAAGCUACGAGUUGGCAAAAGAACGAGAAGUAGACAACCGCUACGGAAGAACACCGGCCAGCGGCCGUGGGAGCAGAAAAGAAUUACGAGCAGGGAUUCAUCAAGCAGUUGAAGAGAUCAGGCACACCCCCAUGCAUGAUCACCGAUCAAUAUGGAGUCUUCUCCGUAAAAGAUUGGGAGUUAAAGGUAGGAGUGAUACCAUACUGGGGAUCCUACAAGCCGAGGACUUCGCAGCAUACAUGAGAGAGCUGUACACACCACCAGAUUACAACAAUCCGAGGGUACCAGCGAGAGAGACAGGGAGACCCGUUGGCUAUCGGGAUCCCGAGGAGGACCCUCAACCGGCACCGGCACCACCUUCCCCGAACGAGGUCUUCGAGGCUACAGCUAGGUUGAAGAGGGGCAAGGGCCCAGGUAUCGAUGGGAUCAGCGGAGACCUUCUCAAACAAAGCCCAGUUUUGCAGCGAUGGAUCCAUAAGAUAUGUGAGAAAUGUUUCGUGGCAGAAAAGCAGCCAACUGAAUGGCUAACGAGUGAAGUGACACUCAUCAAGAAGGGCCGGAAAGCGGCAGACACAGUGAUGUCCUAUCGAACGGUGAUGGCACAAGUAGCGGCGGCGAAAAUUUACUCAGCGGUUAUAUUGGGAAGGAUCAGAGACCAGUUGGAUGAAAGGAUUCACCACUCACAAUGCGGAUUCAGAAAACUUCGGUCUGCAGUUGGAGUCAUACAUGCCACGCAAUUGCUGAGAGAUGCAUGCAUAGCAUAUAAUCGACCCCUCUGCCUACUGAUGGCAGACUGGAAGAAGGCAUUCGAUAAGUUGGAUAGGAAGUUCAUGACGGACUGUCUACAAGCGGCGGGUAUUCACCCAAAAUAUUUGAGAAUAAUAGAGCAGAGCUAUUCGGAUGCAGUGGCAUCAUUGACAGUUCAUAGGAAGACCUGUGAAGUAAAGUUGGGAUCAGGAGUUAAGCAGGGCGAUAUAUGGAGCCCCAUUAUCUUCAUAACAUCACUGGAUAUGAUAUUGAGACGAAGUACAAUAACUGCAAAGCGUGGUUUCGUCCUUCUCAGAGAGCAUGACUACACCCAUCGACACACUCGAUUCUCUGAAAGAUCGUAUAGCUUACAAGAACCUAUCGGGUGCCUAUGCUUCGCUGAUGAUAUUACGGUCCCAACAAACUCUCAAGAAGAGAGUGACAUUGCACUGGAUGCGUUAGAAGAGGAGGCUGCCCCAGCAAAUCUCAGCUUGGGAAUCGGUGAACCGGAAUGUAAGACAAGGAGGCUACUUAUCAAUUGUCAACACGACAGCGAGCACAACAGAGUGGCAGUGGUUACGGAGUAUCGGCAACUGGGAGUCUUAAUAUCUAGUGAAGCUGGAUACGCGAAGGCAAUACGUGAUCGGAUUCGAGUCGCGGGGGCCAACCUUCAUCGGCUCCACAACAUCUGGAAGUCCCACGACAUCGGUAUUCGAGGUAAGAUGGUUGUGAUGAGGUCCGUCGUCUUUGCUUCGCUCUUCUAUGGAUCGGAGACUAUGGCCCUUAAUAAGGAGGAGACACAAAUGUAUAAGACGUUCUACAAUACAUGCUUAAGGAAAGUGAUUCGGUUACCUCCGAUGACGACGAUGUCUUCCAAGGAGCUCUGCGCUCGUACACGUUCAGCAGGAUGUUUGAAUGAACUCCGUGCGAGAAGAUUGAGAUGGUAUGGACAUCUAAUGAGAUCACCGGAUGAUAACGUGGCCAAGAGAUUAUUAGAGUGGAACCCGAGAGUGCACAAUGGAUUCUCGAGGCGCCCAGGAAUCAUUCCUAGCAGAAUAGAGGUCAGUAGUGCUGACUCAGCACCUCUUUCGAGCUCGCUUGCAGCUGUUCAAUGCACCUUAUGCCAAAUUCCUGCCGGAACUGCGGCCUUGGAACGUUCGUUCAGCUCUGGGAAAUUCGUCACGAAGGUCAACAGACUUCAAGCAGAGACAUUCACUGAUGUUUACUUACGAUACAAGACCCGCAAGAGCUUGGGAUUGAUAGAUUCUGAGUCAAGUGAUAUGCAGCUCCCUGAACAACCCAAUUGA